AUGGAGUACCAGGGGCAGCACGGGCAGGCGACCAACAAGGUGGAGGAGUACGGCCAGCCGGUGGCCGGGCACGGCGGCGUCACCGGCGGACCCACGGGGACACACGGCGUCACCGCUGCCGCCGGUACCGGCGGCGGGCAGCUCCAGCCGAUGAAGGACGACCACAAGACCGAUGGCAUCCUGCGCCGGUCCGGAAGCUCCAGCAGCUCUAGCUCGUCCGAGGAUGACGGCGCUGGCGGGAGGAGGAAGAAGGGAAUGAAGGAGAAGAUCAAGGAGAAGCUCCCCGGUGGCCACAAGGACACCGCCGAGCAGCAGCAGCAGACGGCGGCGACCACCGGUGCACAUGGCACAGGCACUGCUGCGGAGGCCACCGGCGAGAAGAAGGGCGUGAUGGAGAAGAUCAAGGAGAAGCUUCCCGGCGGGCAGCACUGA